CCCUGAUUUACUCGUCAACUUCCACAAAACUUUCCUAGAAACAAAGUAUCACCGAUCUGAAAUACAUCUUUCAGUUCUGUUAUUGUACAAUUCAAAACACCAUUCCUUUCACAACACCCGACAAAACCUCACAAACCUUCUACACUUUCGUCUCAGCCUUGUAGACACAAUGGCCACCUCCGCAAUCCAAAACCCAGAUGUCCGCUCAGAGUCCAAAUCCGCGAAGAAGAAGAAGGCCAAGGCCGAUGCUGCUGCUGUAGCAUCUGUUACACAUGUUGAGACUGCCACACCUGCCGAGAGCACCAAUGGCGACGGAUCCUACGAGAGCCCAUACAUCAAGGAGCUUUACAAGAGCAUCCGAAAUGUCAACAAGAAGAUUGCAAACGCCUCCAAGGUCGACAAUGUCCUCGAACAAAACCCUGGAAAGACCCUCGACGAACUGGUAGCCACCCGCAAGAUCAACGCCGACCAAAAGGCACAGAUCCUGAAGAAGCCAUCCCUCCACGCCUCCCUCGCCCAACUCGAGGAGCAGAUCGCCCAGUACAAGAAGUUCGACCAGGAGUACAAGGCUCGUGCGCAAGCCGAGAAGUCCGCGAUCGAGAAGGAGUUGACGGACAAGAGCAGCAAGGAGCUGGCUGAUGCAGUGGCUGCGGUCAAGGCGGAGGCAAUUGCUGAUGCACUCAUAGAGAAGCACCAGAACCUGCUCCUCCUGUCGAAGUUCCUUCGUCUGGCCGCUGCGAGGAGGGCUGCUGAUGUCGACCAAACCUUGGAUGAGAACCAGGCAUUGGAGGGUGCCCUGGUCGAGGUCUACACUGGGGACGAGACUGCGGUUGUCGCUAUGGAGAAGCUCAUUAAGGGAUCAGAGGAGCAGGCUUUGUCAAUCAACGGCGAGAAGGUCAACACUACCUACGCACAAAUCAGACAAGCCGCCAUUGACUUCCUCGCCACCCCAACUGACUACGAAACUGAGCAACCCACCGAAGACAGCACCGUCGCCACCGAAUACCCCAUCGGCACCGACCCCACCAUCGCCAACGCAGGCCUCACCGAGAUCGACGCCGUCCCCACCGCCGACCUAACCACCAACGGCGACUCCAAGCCCGUCUCCCCCGCCGACUUCCCCACCAACUCCGGCUUCGGCGACGGCGCCAACGCCGCCGCAGAGUCGAACUGGGAUAACCAGAACAACAGCGCCAACGACCUCUCCGCCUCCUCGGAGUGGGUUGAUGUCCGCCUCCCCCGCGACGCUGUCGAGACCGAGACUGGCAUCGACGCUACCCUCGCUGCACCAACAAACACCCAGAGCUGGGCGGAUGAGCAGCCCGAGGCUCCUGCCCCUGCUGCGGCUCCUGCUGCGGCACCUGCUGGAGACGGGUUCCAUGAGGUGCAGCGUAACCGCGGUAACCGUGAUGGACAGGGCCGUGGUGGACGUGGCCAGAGGGGAGGUGAGGGAUAUAGAGGCCGUGGCGGAUACCGUGGACGCGGCGGUAGCGGCGAGGGUGGACGUGGUGGCCGUGGCGCUCCUCGUUUCGGGGGGAACCGUGGAGGACCUCGUCCCCAGGAGGCGUCGUAGGUGCGCUGAUGAUAAGUCUUGUUUGUCCCUUGUCUUCAGAUGAAGCUGGGAUUUGCAAAAAUUUCUCGCUCGAUCUGGCAAUUUGCUGCACCUAGGCGCUUGAUGACGACUGUGCUUCUUCCGUCGAUCUCGCCGCACGACAUUACCGAUACACAUACACAUACCCACACCACACCAUCAUACCACUUCCUCGCUUGUACUCCCUCACCAACCCCCCCUUCUUUUUGUUUUUGCCGCCAUCCUCUCUCUCUCUCUCUCUCGCCACUACUACCACCACCACUACUACAGGGGGCAAACAUGUACAAUCUGCAUAGCAUUCGCAUAGAUGGAGCGUUGAUGACAUUUUUGCCGGUCCUUUGCAUUUGAUGGGAUUUGUUUUUUUUUGCUUUUUUUUGUUGUCCCCAAACACCGGCGUCGAUAGGGGGAAGGAUGGAAUGGUGGAUGAGGGGGCGGAAAAUGCGUGGAGAGUGGCUCAGGCGGGUUGUAUUGUAUGGGAU